AUGUUGGCCAGCUCCCUCGCGCCGCCGCCCAGCGAGACGCUGUUCGUGACUGGCCUCCCCAUGGACUGCACGAACGAGUUUUGCAACGAGAUCUUCAGCCAGUAUGGCACUGUGAAGACUACGACGGUGCUACCGGUGUCACCAGGCAAGACCAAGGCAGCUGCCUUCGUGAUAAUGACGAACGUCGAAGAUGCCCAGUGGAUCGUCGACCACGUGAACGGCAACGUCCCGCAGAAUCUGACAGCCCCAGUCUCCGUGGUCUUCGCCACGCCCAGGGACAAAAUGGCGAGUCCGAUGGGAAAGGGCAUGAUGAUGAAGGGGUCCAUGAUGAAGGGAGCCAGCCCAAUGGCCAUGAAAGGUGCCAUGGGUGGCAUGGGCGCCACUGGUGCAGCAAUGGGAGGAGGUUAUGGUGGCUAUGAAAGUUCUGGCGCUGGAAUGGGAGGAGGUUAUGGCGGCUAUGACAGUUCUGGUGCUGGAAUGAAAGGAGGUUGUGGCGGCUAUGACAGUUCUGGUGCUGGAAUGAAAGGAGGUUAUGGCGGCAGUUGGGGUGGCAGUUAUGGCGGUUAUGGCGGCAAGGAUUAUGGAUCCUCCAAGGGAUUCGGCAAGUCGCUGCCGCAAGACGUCAAAAAGUACAAGACCAUUAUGUGCCGCUUCUUCGAGACCACUGGUAACUGCCAGAGAGGUGAGUCGUGCAGCUAUGCGCAUGGCCUGCACGAAUUAAACAGUGCAGGCACCGGCACCGCUGCGGCGGCCGCCAUGGCCGCGAUAGGCAAAGGAACCUUCACGCCGGGCUCCACGUUCGUUCCUCCGUCGAAAGGCGGUGCGAAAGGUGCCGCUGCCACUCCGACCGUGGGAGCUGGCAUGACGCCCAAGGCCGCGGCCACGGUAACAACCACGUUCGCGACGAACGGGUUUGUUGCCGCAAGCGAGCCUUCAGUGUCGAGUUCCCUUCCAAACGGACUCGCGAGUUCGCUUCCACCAGGUUUCUCGGCAGGAUUCUCGCCAGCUCUGUGA